UUGUUUGUCAUCAUCUAAUCACUACUCUAUGACUUAUAAUUUCCUGCAAUUUUAUGAAACGGAAAGUAACCUUCUUGGCUGGUCAUAUAACAGAUGAGCAUCAAUAAAUUUCAGAUGAAUUUCGCACGUUAUUCAAAUCAAAAUCAAACACUAUUUUUUGUCGUUGUUCUUCGUGUUGUUAAUAGUAAUGAUGUGUAUACGCUAAUUGAAUAAUUGUAUUGUUUAAAAUGAAUAUAAAAGUCGAUGUUGAAGUCACCUUGAAGCCGUCAUCGGAUUUUGUUUACCGCAAAGGUGGCAACGAUGUGCUAACUCAUCAUGAGAAAUUAAAAAAUGAAAUUAUAGAAAAUCUAGUAAGGGAUGUAUUGAAGCAGAAGAAAACAGUUGCAGGAGGUGAAGUUAUAAGAAAACUGCCAGAUGAACUUAGUGGAGUUGAGAAAAUCAGAAUAUGCGAGCUAUCUCGCGGUGACUAUGGGGAAAUGGAGUCUGAGUUUGAAGUUGAUACCAUGGGGAUACAUUUUAAUCUGUACGAGUUUGUGCUGACGGAAGAUGAAUCACUUUUUGAACACUCCACCAGCACAGGAAAUGGGAAGGAUGUCGUCACUGCUGCGAAGAUUUGGCAUUUGCCUUCUGUUCAAUUUGAAGGAAUAUGGGAAACACUAAUUAUGGAACCAGGCAUAAAAACCAAGUUGCUGAGCUAUGUGGAGACCAUGCUAUGGUUGUCAGAUGCUGGGGUGAACAGCAAGAUUAUAGCAUGUAAUCGUUUGGUGCUGCUGCACGGGCCCCCAGGUACAGGGAAAACAUCCCUGUGUAAAGCACUCAGUCACAAGCUCGCCAUCAGGCUCAGGGACAGAUAUUCAAGCGGCAUGUUCGUUGAAAUUAAUGCCCAUAACCUGUUUUCAAAAUUUUUCUCAGAGAGUGGUAAAUCAGUCACACAGGUAUUCACAGCUCUCGAAGAAAAGAUUUCUGCAUAUAGUGAUACAUUUUUCUGUAUUCUAAUGGAUGAAGUUGAGAGUUUCACUCACGUUCGUCAAAGCAACUCAGGAGACCCUUCUGAUGCAAUUCGAAUAGUCAACGCUAUUCUAAACCAAAUUGACAGUAUUAAAAGGUAUUCAAAUGUUAUUCUACUUGCCACAUCUAACCUCACGGACUCAAUAGAUCCAGCUUUCUUGGAUCGUGCUGACAUAAGCCAGUAUAUUGGUCUUCCACCUCAGCAAGGGAUUUAUCAGAUAUAUCUGUCUACCUUGAAGGAAUUGGAAAGAACAAAUCUGAUAUCAAAAAUGGGUGAUGAAUGUCCCUCUACUGUGGCUCUACUUUCAUCGCUCGAAAACCGUGUUUCUUCUUGCAUAUACAGUACUGAAAGACUGUUGGAAAUUUCAAGGCACAGUGCAGGACUGAGUGGCAGAACUUUGCGAAAGAUUCCCCUUGUAGCAUUUUCAAUGUUACGUUCAAGGAAAAAUGUGAAGCUUGGCGAGUUCCUUAAUGCUAUGAAAAUUGCUGUUACUGCCCACCACAAGUCUACAAAAAAAUGAAUUUUUGGGACUAGCAUGCAGCUAAGUUUUCUACAGAUUUAAGGAGUUUGAGAAAAUCUAUUUAAAAUAUCUGAGCAUUUCUGAGCAAUGUUCUAAAAUUUGCUAGCUAAAGUGCACAUGUUUUCUUUUUAGAGAACUUUUAAGGUAAUAAAAAAAAAUCACUUAAAAACUGAUAAUUUAAUUUGAAUGUUCUACUGAGAAAAUAUUCGUGCUAAUCAAAUGAUGACUCACUUUGUUUUGAGGCUUAGGAUGGAGAAUUAAAAUGAAAUUGGUUACAGCAUAGACGAGACCAUAAAUCAGCAUCUCCUAUGGAAGACUGUAGAAGCUCAUAUCAGUUACAAAUAUUCAAAUCCUUCAACCCAUUAAAGAGUUUUCCAAUAACAACUUAUUUAAUUUAAACAUACUUUCACAGCACUAUGACAGAACUGUAAAUCUGUGGCUUCGCUGUGAAUUCCAUGUACAUAUUUUGUUUUAUUGCACCCUGAAGCUUUCUUCAGUGGAACAAAAAAAGAAGUGAGAGGAAAGGAAGACACAAAUUGAGACUAAUGUCGAAAACCUGCCUUAUACAGACAAAUGAUGCAAAUGAGGAAUAAAUAUAGAUGAGUAAAAACCACAUAGUGUGCUUAAAUUAAGUUAAAAUGUUGUGCCUUGUGAAGCAUUUACUAGCUUUACAGUCAUUGUAUCUGUGAUAGACUAUGACAGAAACAGAAUGUAUGUUAAUAUUCACGAUCAUCUUAAAAAUAUGAUUAGUACUGCAAACAGUAGAAAUUUAACAAACAAUUGUACGGAAUUUGUGUCUAGCCAUCCAAUUGUUAGUAGAAAAUUACAUUACUUAAUAAACAAUUUUUUUUUUCUCUUUGUAAAUGCUGUAGGGUUAAGUACCUUCACAAUUUUUGAUGACAUUAGCUUUAGAAAGCUUAUAAUGUGACAUGUGCCCAGUUUUGCUGUCUGAAUGAUGAUGAAAUGUUAUCUACGUUAAAUGGAAUUAGGUAAUAAAUGGUUAUUGGUGUUCUUUAUCCAAAUACAGGUUAUUGUCAGAGUGAAUGUGUUAAGGAUGGCUUAUCAAUUGUCAAAAAUAUGAAUAAUGCUUUGACAACUUUGUAUGAAAUAGCAUUAUACCUGCCUAAGGAGGGUUCUAAUGUCUAUCUUAUUAAUUGAAUAAAAAAUAUUGUACAUAAAGAAUUCCUUAUGAUUUGGAAAUGCCACCAUGAAAUAGAAUUAAUCAUUGUCAUUAAGCUGAGUUCGAAUUAAAGUCAUUACAUAACAUAGUCAUACAUAAAACUAUUGUUGCAGUACAUCCUAUGAAACAUGUAUCAUCAUUUAAUUUCCAAAAUACUUGCAGUCUAUCCUGCAUGCAGUAUAACUACUUUAUUUUAAUUAAAAAGACUUUUUGGCAAGUGUGAGAAUGAACCUUAACUUUAAGUUUUGUGAUUGUUGCAUCCAGUGUCUCACUUUUGGAAGGGUACAUGUUCCAGAUAUAAAAUGUAAAGUAUUGGUGGUUUCAUCUCGCUUGUCCCAUUGUAAUCCCCGAUUUUCUGUUCAUGUAGAUAUUUUUUUUGUAUGGGUGGAUCACUGGACUUCUCAAACUCUCUAAUACCAUUUAAUUAUUCCUUGUUAAUUAUUUUAGUCUUUAUUAUUUAAGUUUGGAUUCAAAGUAUGCAUUAAGAUUCAAACUUGAGAAAAAUUAGAAUUUGAACCUAGGUUAGUUUUUUUGGGUAUGUUUUGUUUGUGUUUUGUAAUGACAUUCUCUCAGUAGUUGUGACUGAAAGGAGCUUCAUUGCUUCCUAUAUCUUUUCCAGUUUUCUCACAUUACCUGUUUUUUCAACAAUAGUAUGUAUUGAACUCUCUCUCUCUCUUUUUUUUUUUUUUUUGCUGACUCAUAUUUAUCAACAAAAAAUGUCAGGUUGAAUUUACUUAGUAUAAAUUAUGUCAAGUGUGUACAGUAAUUUAUUUUUGUAGUAUGGUACCAUUAAUUUCUACUUACUUUUUUUUUGUUUAGGCUAGGCAUUCAAUGAGGAAUGUAUAAAAUUGUGUAAAUGAAAUACUUAAUGUGUGAUUACUUCUAGCACAUUGUAAAUGUAAGAAUGUCAACCUUAUGGAUUCACAGCAAGUUUGCCAACUGGUCCUGUUAUUCAAACAAAUUAAAAGCCAGUUUUAAUGUCUAAUACUAGAUACUAUAAAAACUCACAAAGGAAACAAAAUAAAAUUCCAUUCAAACAGCCUGACUGAAGAUUCUGGCUGAGCUCCGCUGUACACAAAAUCAUAAAACAUUUUGAUUACAAAUAAAAUGGAUUUACUACAAAGCAUUGUAAUUUAAACAACUAUAACAUUCAAAAAAUAUAUUUGGGCUAAUU